AUGCUCGCCGUGUUUGCCAUUGCCUCAGUUGCUCUCGCCUCGCUGGCUGCAGCUGCAGCUCCUCCUGCUGGCAUGCGGCCGAUCCACCCAGAUGCUCACUUGAUCAAGUUCGGCUUUGCUGACGACCAAGUCGAAUGGAUCUCACCAGCUGCCCUCGAAGUCUUGCGUGAAGCUCAUGUCGACCUGACCCAAGGCGUAGAUGCUGUGCGCGCCGCCUACCCCGAGCUAACUGGUGUCUCGGACACCGUUAUCAACCGCCUCGGGAACCACACCAUCCGUGGUCCAGGCUUCAUCGACAUCACGGGCUUCGAGUUUGUUCGACGUGCAUCAUUUGACCUUGAGGCUCGCGCGAUUUAUCCUACGCAGCCGACACCCUCCAAGUACCCAGCUUUGACUUCAAUGUUCAAUUCUGUCAACGCCGCGGGUCUCCAGAGCACCGUUCAGACGCUCUCCAACGGUUAUACGACUCGCCACUACAGGAGUACGAACGCAGCCGCCCCUGCGACGUGGAUCCAGACCCAGUUUACGAACGCGGCCGGUUCGGCCAACGUAAGGACGAUUGCGAACACAUUCAACCAGCCGAACGUUAUUGCGACGAUUCCUCGCAAGGCAGGAUCUACCUUAGAUGAGGUCGUUAUUCUGGGUGCUCACCUCGACUCGACAGUGGGGGGAAGCACCACCGCUCGUGCACCCGGUGCAGAUGAUGAUGCGUCCGGUAUCUCGAUCCUCAUUCAAGCCCUCCAGAUCCUCUCAGCAAACGGCUGGUCUGGCUCGCGCGCCGUCGAGUUCCACGCGUACGGUGGCGAGGAGGGUGGCUUGCUCGGAAGUUCCACUGUCGCUAGGCAGUACAAGUCCGCUGGCAGGGCGGUGCACGCAAUGCUGAACUUCGACAUGGUCGCAUACCAGCCGACGGCCAACCCCGUGCUCACAGUCCUCACCGACACCGAUGCCGCCCUGCAAUCCUUCAGCCAGCAGCUCAUCUCCACGUACGUCCCCGAGGCGACUUUGUACACCAACAGGUGCGGGUAUGCCUGCUCGGACCACUUCUCAUGGUACAACCAGGGAUACCCGUCGGUGUCGAUUGACGAGUCGGGCCCGUCUGACACGUUGCUUAACCCGUACUAUCAUACUGCGUCUGAUACGAUUGACAAGCUCGACUUCGUGAAAGCGAGCAAGUUUGUGAAGUUGGCCCUUGCGUUUAUUCUCGAGCUUGCGGAGUAA